AUGCAAGAAAGCAUUUAUAACUUAAUUCCCAAAGAGAAAACUCCUCCAAAGAAGGUUACUAAAUUAUAUAAGUCAACAAUCCCAGGAACCAUAGCUCCUACUGGUAGUACAUUUGGAACUCAAUCCUUAAUCAUUCCAGUCACGAAUCUAAAUGGAUCAUAUAUUAUACAACAAAAUAGAUUCAGAUCAGAGAGUGGCAUCUUGGGUAAAUCCAAAAAUUAAAAAUUGGCCCCAAUCAAACAUAGACAUAUGGGAAAUAAUAGUCUAGAUAUUUGGGCUGAAAAGGGGUCAAUUCAUAGAAGUGUUGAUCUUGGACAUUAACAUUCUGCUACUAAACCUUAAAUACCAAAAUUAGAUGAUAAACCAAUCAUGGGAUUAAAAUAACAUAAAAAUUUUAUUGCCACUAAUGCAAUAGAUGUCAUCUUAGCUAAUCCUAAAAGAAAACAAUCAGAACCAGAUUGGACAAAGAAAUCUGCUUAUGGAAAAGUUCCUCCUUAUCUAACCUAAAUCAAAGAUACCCUUAAAGAACAAUUUUAUGAGGAACAAUAUAGAAAAUAAUUAGAAUAACAAGAAUAGGAUAAUAAAUUAUAAUAAAUGGCUGAGGAUGAAUUAGAAUAAAUAAGACAAGGUUUAAAGAAGAAGUAUGAUGAAUUGAAUUAUUAAUACUAACAAUAAACACAUUGUCGAGUAUUUGGAACUAUUGGAGUCAAAAGAAGAAAAGAAAAUUAUGAGAAAGAGUUGAUAUAAUUGGAACAAGACAUUGAGAAAUUGAAUAAGAAAUAUGUUUUUAUUUAGCAUUGA